AUGGAGAACGAACCGCCUUCCGCAACUUCGAGGCGGGGUCGUCUAAUGGGGAAGCUCUUUGCCCUGAAGGAGAAAGAUCGCAGGCCGACGGCUGAGGAGACGGGCACCAGCAUCAAUGACUUCCUCAACGGCCCCUCCGAUACCCUGCAGGUCAAUCACGCGUCACCCUCUUCCGUUAUUCCCCAGCUUUCGAAGCUCGACAUCUCAUCAGCUACCCGCUACCCUCAAGCUUUGUCUGUCGCCAGUCAUUCCCAGCAGAGCCUAAAUCUCCCGAACCAAUACUCCGCCCGCAGCCCUGGGCAAAGCCCGGGCAUCCCACCUCGGAGCCCGCGGCGCAGCAACCGAAAGGGCUUGGCCGUUCGCUUUGUGGAUCAAGACCCCGACAUCAUUGGCGAAGGUGGUGACGAGUCGGAGAUUCCAGCAAUCGAGGUAUCGAGGCGCAAAAAACAGCGACCUCCGCCAUCUCCUCGCCGUACACCUGUGGUAGCUGUCCACGACUCCCCGACGAGAGCGCCUUCUGCGCCGAAGGAAGACUCAGACUUUAUGCCAGGUCGCCUGAGACGAACACAGACGGGCUUUUCCUCUAUCAGCAACGACCCUAUCGAGCCCAAAGAAUUCCCUCCUGCUUAUAGAGAGGUGGCACAGGGCAAUGCGGUUUCUGCGCCAUUCUUGGACACCUCAACCAGCGCCAAGAACGAGAAUCGGAAGUCCUUCAUCGAGCACCAGCAGGCGGAGAUGCGACAAGCGGAGGGCAAGGCAUUCGCGGAGGCCGCGCGCCAAGCCGAGCGGGAGGAGCAUGGAGGUCAAACGCCUCUUAUACCCCAGAUAAUCGAAUCACCAACCAGAUCUCCAGUACCACCCAGCAAGGUCCCUCUCCAAUCGAGAUCCCCAGACGACUACAGAAAGCCUCCCGAUCAGAGCCCUUCGUCCAUCUACUCGAGUAGUACUGAGUUCAGCCAACAGAACACAGCUGCCAACUUUUCUCGACAGCCGUCUGUCAGCUCCCAGUAUAACAUGGCGCCCCCCUCCGCAUCGAUCGCCUCGAGACAGGCAUCUUUCAACAUGCAUGAUGCAGUUCUCGCUGUCGGCGAUGACGCUCUCAACACCUUUGUCACCCGCACUCGGCACCUGAGUGAGCUUUUCAGAUUGCAUGCUGAGACAAUUAAGCCAAUUUCAGCCUGCUCACAGCUUGAGCUAGCGCGUGCUGCACUGUGGUGGUUCCUCAAAGGACGUAUGGCUUUGGAGGCUGCUGUUCGCGCACGACCUGGUAGUCCCAAGGACCAGAUGCAAAACGAAAAUGAUCGCCAGCAGGCCUACGCCAACCUAGCCAAAGGCUAUUGGCUGGUGGAGGAAGCCAUCCCUGAGAUGCUGGAGAACAAGCGCCUUGCACCCGACGCAGGCAUUUCUGAGAUCCGCUCUACAGUCGUUACCACUCUCAAGAAGCUCACUGUCUCAAUGAAGAGAAACAAUUUUCUUCCGCCUGAGGAGGCAUUCUUGCCUCAGACUAUCGACAAGUCUAUAUGGGUGGAGUACCCCAGACUGAGCGUUGACAUGAUUGCAUUGCUCACUGCUGAUUCGUCUGCGGCCAUGACUGGUGUUAUUCGCACCCCAUCCCCUUUCGAAAUCCUAGAGACUCUUCCCCCGAAUGAUACGGCUGAGAACUUCACAUUCGGCAGGAUCAGCACAGACGUGUUCUUAAUGGAACAAGGCAUGGAUUCCCAGAGAUUCUAUUUCCCUUGUCUCUUGUCCAUGGUUCGACCUAACAAACAGCCCAACCUGGUCUUUGUCAUUGCUGCUCAACACGGAGAGGUCAACUUACGGAUUCAAGGAAACAAGAACUCGGGUCCGACCUGGGAUGAUGUCCGUUGGCGCAAUGACUCUUGCGCACUCGAGAUCAAGCUGCCCAGAGGCUUCAUGAUUGUUGCCCGGUGCUCACAGCAGGAUUACCGAAUGCUUUGGAGCAUGUAUGACUUUGGUGCCAAGGUUCAGGCAACUCUCUACCCUCGAUCCGACGAGCACUGCGUCUUUCGUUCCAGCCUUCGGUCAUUCCAGUAUUUUGACUCAGACCCUCAAGGCCGAGCGUUUCCCAAAGAAUCUGUGCCCAAUUGCGACGUGGCUUUGUUUGAGAAGAUUCAUAAGGAGCAUGCUGCUGCAGGCCCACGCGCUUACCAUAGGGGGUACAGAAUCGUCGUGGUGACAGGUCCUCGUACAAGAACGCUGAGUGGUGUCAACCACACAUACACGCCUCAGAUGCCAAUCCCCAUCAGUUUCCUCAGGUCGGACGGGGGUGAUGCGGCCUUGAUGCUCAAGUACGACAACGGUCGUCAGAAGGUGAGCAUGGUGCUCUCGUUCGGUGAUGAGAGGGAGCGGGCACAGCUCAACAGCUUGAUUUCCGGCACUUCUGUGCAAAAGGAUGAAACGAUUUAUGCAGAUGUGCCUCUCAUCGGAUUCUCCAUGUCGACGUCUUUGCAGGAUAGCAAGUAUCUUCCAGGCGUGAGCCAGAUCCCCUGGACAUCCCUUCGAGUCAUCAACGAAGAUGCAGAUGACGACUAUCCUCGUACGGUUCUGGCCGAUAGGUUGAGGGUUAUCGUUGAGUCCAAGCAAGGAUCACUUACUGACCGAGUGAAUCUGCAACCCGGCGAAUUGCGGCUGAGGCUUGAGGUUCAAGAGACCAAGUCCAUAGUGGUGAUGCGGCAGCCGCAGUUCGACAUGACUUCAACGGUCUCGGAUGGCACUGUCGGCAAGGAGAUUCCCAAGGCUCUGACGGACAUGCUUCAAAUGCUGCAGACGACUCAAACAAUUCGCACUUACAGCUUCCCGACUCAGAAAGAUCUCCAUGCGUUCCAGGCUGCACUGACCGGGUUCAGCGUCAUCUUCGACGGCCUCGCAGCCACCUUUGCCAUAUCUCGACGACGUAUGGUGGUCCCGAUCCACAAGAAAUGGGAGGCGGGAUCGACUCGAAUCCAAGUGGUGCAACAAGGCACAAUCAUCCAGCUUCUCGCGUUCUUCCCAGACUUUCACCACGGCCAGUGUAUGAACUUCGUUCUGAAGGGCACGGAUGUGUACGAGACGUUUUCGCGGAGCAGCAAGGCUGGCAUCAAGUUUGUUGACGCUAAAUUCCCCAUGCCGCGGAUGCCCAACGGCAGUGACGGACCGUCGGACGACAUGGGAUUCAUCUGCCUGGACCUGCCGGACCUGCCGGGUGAACACGACGACAUCUCGCUCCUCUUCGAUAAUGAAGCGGAACGAGACCGGCUGACACAGUGUCUACCGGCGACGGUCAAGGGUUCCAGGUCACUGAGAGGCCGAUGA